CGGCAAGAGCUCUGAUGGCGAUGGCGUAUUCGGUGCCGGUGGAGGUGUGGCGUACACGAGUGGUGGCAUGCCUGUCAAUUGCCGAUGUGGCCUCCCUGCGGAACACUUGCCGCGCAUUGGGUACGUCCCUCGUCACGGCUGAGGUGUUGUUGGGGCGCAUUGACGCCUUCCUCGAUCACAAGUUGCUGUGUGGCGUCAUCGACAUCGACCGGAGGUAUGGCCUUGUCUGCGGCUUCAACUUGAUUCCGUGGGCCCGCCGAAUGUGUGGCCGUCCAAGCCGAUUCAGCUACUUCCUACGGUGGUGUCUUUUCUUGGAGCAGGGCGGCACCGGGUGGCGGACCAUGGGGGUGUUUCUCAGGAUCGCCGUCAUCAGUCGGCUCUUCUGUCCAGCGCGGCCCCGGUGGUUCUGCCAGCCGACAACGGGUGCAGACGAGAAGGUGCUUCCAAUCGUGCUGUCGGCUCAGACGGUGAUGGCUUCUGAGAAGGUGCUUCCUCUCAUGAUGGCCUUUUACUCGUCUCUGAUCGGACACCGACUGAGAUACAAAGGAGACAGCCUCGCGAUGCGACAAAAACAGAAGGCGUCCCCUUUUGAGGCGUGCUGUACGCCGACAGAGUAUCUGAUACAGCGUGAGCACUUCCGUGUGCCGUGGCGGGAUGAUCAUUCGUGGGAUUUGAACGCCGAUUCCUCCGCUGAUAGCCAUAGCAACGAACACGAUCCUGCCAUCCAAGACAUUCGCGAGUGUCCUUACUUUGAUUAUCCGAAUUCCCGCUGCGAUGUCCUGAAUGUCUUCCCCUCUUUCUCGGCCUUUCUCCUGUGCAAGCUGCUCCUACGGUGGUCCGGACACAAGGCGAUUCUGCACAGACUCACCGACGGCAGUCGCCUUCGCCCUCUACUGGAUGCGGACUUUACUGGCGAGGACGGCAUUGCUGUGGACUAUCGCAGCAAACCUCCCUCUCUUGGAUACGGAACACUGCGACAGCACUGCCGCAUUGUGAUCGUGAGUGGCUUCCGCUCUCAUGACACAGUUGCUGCCCACAUAGAGACAGACAGCUAUGGACUCGUCCGUCUCACCACGACAGAGCCGCCUGCCGCCGAUGCAUCAUCGUCUUCACUCGACGCGCGUUUCCCCGUAUCGAUGCCGCUCUUCCGUCAGGUGCUCAGGCGGGUUGGCGUUGAGCGGGACGUUAUGGAUGGAGGCCUUGGCCUAGUCGACUCGCUACAUGGGCGAUAGAAGGAGAACUAUGAGUGGGUGUUGCGUGUCGCGGUCGCGUGUUGCGUGCACUUGGACAAAGGACACCACACAACAGGCCACGUCUUGCUACAAA